AGAGGACUUCAAAUAUUUUUGAACCCUCAAUAAUAUCCAAUAUCCAAAUAUCUAACUUUCAAACUUUCCUUUAAAAAAAAAUAAAAAAACUUGAGACAAUUUCCAUGGCUUCUUCUUCUAAUUCUUUUAUUUGUAUGAUUAUUUUGUUAAUUGCAUCAUUUGGACAUGUUCAUGGAUGCUAUGACUCGAUAAUUAGCUUCGGCGAUUCUCUAGCCGAUACCGGAAACUUAAUUCGAUUCUCAAAAUUCAAUAAUAUUGUUGCUUCUUCCGUGCCUCCUUAUGGUGAAACCUUCUUUCAUCAUCCUACCGGUCGAUUUUCUGAUGGUCGUCUCGUUAUAGAUUUCAUCGCUGAGGGUAUGGGAUUUCCACUAGUGCCACCAUAUGCUGGUGUUAUGACAAACAUGUCAAGUAGCAAAAAUUCAAUAAGAGGAGUGAAUUUUGCAGUGGCUGGAGCAACAGCUGUGGAUAUUUCAUAUUUAGAGAAAAGAGGAAUAAAGAAUCCUGCCACUAAUGUUUCAUUAGGCACUCAAUUGGAUUGGUUCAAACAAAUAUUGCCAAUUUUUUGUGAGUCACCAACAAGUUGCAAAGAAUAUCUUGGAAAUUCACUAGUUUUAAUGGGGGAAAUUGGAGGAAAUGAUUAUAAUCAUCCAUUUUCUCAAGGAAAAUCAGGAGAAGAAGUUCAGUCAUUUGUGCCUGCAGUUAUUUCAGCCAUUGGCCUAGCCAUUAAUGAAUUAAUUGAACUUGGAGCACAAACAUUGAUAGUACCUGGAAAUCUACCAAUUGGAUGUUCAUCUUCUUAUCUAACAAUUUUUAAAAAUUCAAAUAAAAAAGAUUAUGAUGAUUCAACUGGUUGUAUUAAUUGGUUAAAUGAUUUUGCUGAAUAUCAUAACCAAUUACUUCAACAAGAAAUUCAUAGACUUCGUGAUGUUCAUCCUCAUGCCAACAUAAUCUAUGCUGAUUACUACAAUGCAGCCAUGCAAAUUUACAAAUCUCCCAAAAAUUUUGGUUUUACAAGCACUAUUGUAGCAUGUUGUGGAGGAGGUGGUCCAUACAAUUAUGACUCAAAUACACCAUGUGGAUCAGAAUCCUCAAAUUAUUGUGAUAGUCCUUCUUCAUAUGUUAGUUGGGAUGGUGUACAUUUGACAGAGGCAGCAUACAAAUUAAUAGCCAAAGGUUUAUUACAAGGUCCAUACACAAUUCCUCAAAUGAAUGGACUUUGUAAUAAGGGAAUAUCUGACCAAUAAUGCAUAUAUAUAUAUAUAUAUAUAUAUUACAAGGGAUUGUGUAUAUAUAAAAAUGUCCAAUAUUUUAGAGACUUUUAUUGAAAGUUGGAAUUGUAACAUACAUACAACAACUUUUAAUUGGCUUGAUAUGCAACUUUGAAAGUAAUCUUGUAAUUCUUCUUGACAUUCAAAUAACUUUAUUCAAGUUUACAAUUUUUGAUUUGGUAUAGUUUA